UUUGCAAAGCACGAUUACUACAUUUAUUGCGAUUAUUAUUUAUAACGCACGUGCAUUACCACUGUUCUACGCAUUGAACCUUUUCUUUUUGUUGAUGUUUGUUCUCGUUGCCGUUGCCAUCGUGGCUUACUUGUGCUCCCUGGUUUGUGACCAUUUAAAAGAAAACGGCCGAGCUGCAUUUUAAGGUGGCACUAUUUAGUAUUAUGUAGAAGGUGGUUCUGGUCUUGGAUCAAACCCUAAUUUGUCAUCACUCAAAUGAAAGCUAACGAGUAGCACAUUAUGGGUUGCCCGGAACAAUCUUUAUUUUUGUCUAAAUUCUGUUUAAACUGACAUGAUCUUAUAUGGUUUUCUUCUCAGCCAUGGAAAAUUUUACAGAUGACCAAACAAAGAAGCCUCGCAAAAGACAAAUGUCCAGAGCAAAGAGAGUCCUAGCAAACCGACGGGAGAGAGAACGGGUUCGAAAGAUGAAUGACGCCUUCGAAGAGCUACGAAGCGCGAUCCCGAAUUACGAGGAAACCCGAGUGAAAACGAAGCUAGAAUUGCUGCGGAUUGCCACAAACUACAUCCAGAGCCUCAAAGAUCACAUCCAGAAUUCAGUUCAUGUACACGAAGGCUAUAACUCUUCAAUGAAUCCCUUGAUGUACCCAUCAGCCUUUGAAAUGGAAAAUGGCGGCCCUCCCAGGUCGGCGCCACGGAUGUCUGACUAUCCAUUUCCACCUCAGUUUCCAGUCCCUCCUCCGCCACCAGCCUUCACCGAGCUGAGUAAUCUCCAGUUUUCUCAACAGCAAACGAUUCCCGCACCAGUGUCAAAUGGCAGCGCCCCUGAUAGCUCCAAUCACGAUUUUUGCAAUCUUUUAACGUCCAGCCUGGCUGACUCCCACGUGGGGGAGAACUUCUUAUACAAUCUGCAGGUAAAAAACAAAAACAAAAGAAUUACCGUUCACCAUCAAAAGGAGAUGGCUGUGAGAAGAGAUUUCCAUCAGAGAUCAAUUUACUCUCCCAUCCAAUACCUUCUCUCGCUCCAAACACAGUGA